CAAAUCCGGACACCAAUGGGUACUGUGAAAACUUGUCGGAGAUCCAUCAACAUUCGUCGGAUUCUGUUACUCACGUUUUCAAUUUUUUGCUCUGUUGUCUCUGCACAUGAACGCUCGUUAGUGGUUGGUGAGUCCAGUAAAUUGCAGCUAUCACCAAGUUUGCAGGUGGUUAAGUCACCAGGUACUAAGCUUGGCACUUCUGUGCUUUGUGAAAGGGUUCAUAUCCAUGGAUUGUCCAGGCUCAAAAACUUGAAAAAGUUUUCCCAUUCAUUAAAAGUGAAUGUUUCACAUUCAAGUUCAAGCUUUCGGUGGCCAAAUGUUGAGGUUUGUUUCCACAGGAAUGCUUCCCUUGGGAUUGGGAUGUGCCCACAAGGCAAGUGGGAGAAGGUUGAUAAGGGUUCAUGGGCUCGAGCCAUGUCACCUUUUGACCACAAGAUAUUAGAUAUAAGGAUGGCUGGUUCAUCCUUGGAAACCCUUGAAUUGUCCAUUGAAGAAGAAUUCUUCUUAUAUCGUGUGGUUUUCUUAUUCUUGGGCAUUUUCAUGUUGAGUGUGGCAUCCUCUUUGAGCAAGUCAUUAGCUUUUUAUUACAGUAGCUCCAUGGCGAUUGGAAUACUCCUUGUAAUAUUGGUGGUCCUUUUUCAGGGUAUGAAGCUUCUGCCUACUGGUCGAAAGAACUCGCUUGCAAUCUUUAUAUACUCAUCUCUAGUUGGCUUAGGAUCCUUUCUUCUUCGCUACUUGCCAGGACUAUUGCGUUUAUUACUUAUGGAGAUAGGCAUCAGUGAAGACAUGUAUUAUCCUUUGGCCAUUUUUAUGUUGGCUUUUGUGGUUUUGGCUGGAGCAUGGAUGGGUUUCUGGGCUGUCCGCAAACUUGUUUUGACAGAAGAUGGAUCAGUUGAUAUAAGCACAGCUCAUUUUGUUGCCUGGUCCAUCCGGAUUUUGGCUAUCAUUAUGAUUCUUCAGAGUUCUUUGGAUCCCCUGCUGGCAAUUGAAGCAUUAAUGUCUGGAGUAGUGCUCUCAUCAGUAUUGCAGAAAGUUUUUAGAUUGAGAUUUUUGCUUCGAGUCUAUAAGAAGUUUCUUAAAUUCAUCAGAAACAUCCAGAUCCAAUCUGAAGUUCCUGAUUUAUCACCAUUUGGAAAUUCUCAUGAUGAAUAUACGUUGAAGUCUCCUCAGGAAUGGCGUCGGCCCAAACGGUUCACCAUUUCACCAAUACAAGGUUGUAGUAGGACUCCAAGUCAUCAGCUGUCAGAUUCAGACAGGUACCCUUCAAGCUUCCAUUCCACCCCAGAAAGGAGAAAAUUCUCAAAAGAUGCCUGGGAUAAGUUCACCAGAGACACAACACAAAAAGCUGUUAGAGAACUCGUUUCCUCUCCUGAUUUCAGUAAAUGGGUUGCUGCAAAUGCUGAAAGAAUCACUGUAUCACCCAAAUCGACUAGUACUUGUAGUUCUAGCAAGUCACGACGGAAGUGGUUCCUUUGGUUCUAAGGAGUCGCGAGGGUUUACUAACUCAAAAACACCUGAGUAGGAUUUACUAACUCCAAGUCAUCAUGGUUUUUUUUUUUUUUUUUCUAC